AUUCCAUAUGAGUGAAGUGAAGGGAAGAGCUGCCCGUUGCGUAAACCAGCACACACCGCUAACCACAGGAAAACAAACUGCUCAUAGGGAGUGGUAUAAGGAGAGGGGGAAAGGCAGAGGAGAGGUAUUCGGUGAGUGUUGUGGCAUUUUCAGGUAAGGGGCGUAGCCAGAGGGGUUAAUGGUAGGGUGACAAGAUUACAUGACCUUUGACCCUCCGCUACAACAAACGCUGUCAGGGCAAGAACAACUUAUUUUCUCCUGGCGGUUGGAGCGUCUCAGAAACAGCUACUUAAACACAGCCAGCCCCUUCACAUUCUAUUCGCUGCCAAAGUCUGUAGUCAAAAUGAGCAGCUUGGGCCUAUGAAAAAUCAAACAUUUGAAACAGAUUUGGGUUCAGAGAAACAAAAGUCCUGGCAGAGAAACAAAAGUCCUGGCAGAGAAACAAAAGUCCUGGCAGAGAAUUAAAAGUCCUGGCCUGGAGAUCUUUGUACAUUUCUUUCUCUCUUUUCUUUUUUUGUUGCACUUUCUAAGAACUUUUCUAGAACCUAUGGAUUCUGCCGUUGAGAAACACUGUGUGGAGCUUGUCGCCCUUGAGCGAAGUGGCCACACAGCUGUAGUAGAGGGGAGUACUCUGUAUGUCUGGGGAGGAUACAUGGUAAGCCUCAAACACUGUUUGAAAAGUGCCUUCCUGCAACUAUCUUGAAAAGCAUUGCUAAUUGAUAGUGUUGUUUUGAAUUGAUGUUUAGCAUUCACACGUACUGCAUCUCAUACAUGCUGCUGAUCGACUAUAUUCAUGUUUUUCGACUAGUAAUGGGAGGAAACCUUUUUUUUUUUCUGCAGUCGACCGCUGGCAGUGACGUUUUCCUACCCAGUGAUGAAAUCUGGUUGUAUGACUUAGACAGAGGUGUAUGGUAAGAAUAUCAAUGGAAUUAUAACAUAUUGUGUUUUUGAUUAUGGGCUGUAUAUCACAUAUUGCAUAGAAUAUGAAUGGAGAAGUUGUUUGGGUAACACUGUAUUUGGAUAGUCCAUCUGUAGAUGCUCUACAGACUAUCAGUAACAUUUCAACUAACUAUCUACUAACCCCAACCCUAGCUCAAACCCUAACCUUUAUCCUAACCCUAACCCUAAACUAACCCCAACCCUAGCUCAAAACCCUAACCUUACCCUAACCCUAACCCACUACUAACCCUAACCCUAGCUCAAACCCUAACCUUUACCCUAACCCUAACCCUAAACUUACCCUUACCCUAACCUUAACCCUUACCCUAACCUUAACCCGUUACCCUAACUUAACCCUUAAACCCUAAACUUAACCCAAUUGGGGGAAAAAAAAAGUUCAAGAAAAAAAUUUUUCGCGGGGUUAAAAGCCUGGCGGGAAAAUUUUUCCCAGGAAAAAAAAGUUUGGGCCUGGGGGUUUGGGAAUUCUUUUUCUUUUUUUUUUUUGUUUUUAAUCUUUUUAAACCAAUUCCCCGGGAAAAAGGGUUGGGGGUUUUUGUUGGGGUAACCGGUAGGGGGGGAUAUUGUUUUCUGGGGGGGAACUUAAGCCUUCAAACAUUUUAAAAGGUUCCUAAACUAUUUUAAAAAAAUGUAAAUUUUUAAUUAUUUUAAACCCCCCUAAAAUUAACUUUUCACAAUUAAUUUUCAAAAAAGGGGGGAAAACCUUUUUUUUUCCAUAACUAACUUUUACCCAUAAAUUUAAAUUAGAAAUUAAAAAAACAAUAAAAACAAAUUUUUUACCCAACAAAUCAAAAAAAAAUUUUAACCAAACCAAACUUAAACCAAAAAACCCAAAACCAACAACCCCAAACCCACCCAAACCAAAAUUUUAUCCCCCCCAACCCCAAAAAAACCCAAACCCUAAAAAACCCCCCCCAAACAAACCCAAACAAUAAAAAAAAGGAACCGAAAAAAACCCCCCCGACCAAUUAAAAUAAAAAAAAAACCCCCCCUACCUACCCUUCCCUUAAAACCAACCCACUUAACCCUAACUAAACCAACCUUAAAAAAUUUUUUUAAAAAAAAAUUAAAAACCUCCCCAAAAUUUAUUUAGAAGAGGAAAAAAAUUUUGUUGGGGUUUGAGGGGACUACAAGGAAAAACAGCUAUAAAUAAAGGGGGGGUUUUUUAAAAAUUUGAAAGUUUAAGACAGAAAAACCAAAAAAAAAAAUUUAAAAACAAACAUGUCAAAAAAAAUGUGAAAAAGUGAUUUUUGCCAAAUUUUAAUGGAGGGAAAAAAGUUUUUGACCCCAUGGUGUUUCCCACUACCAAAAAUGUCACUUUUUUUUAAUUAUUUUGCGUCUAAAAAAAAAAAAAAUCGCCUGUCAAAAAUGUUAUAAAUUGAUUUGCAUUUUAAUGAGGGAAAUAAGUAUUUGACCCCCGCUCAAUCAGAACGAUUUCUGGCUCCCAGGUGUCUUUUAUACAGGUAUCGAGCUGAGAUUAGGAGCACAAUCUUAAAGGGAGUGCUCCUAAUCUCAGUUUGUUACCUGUAUAAAAGACACCUGUCCACAGAAGCAAUCAAUCAAUCAGAUUCCAAACUCUCCACCAUGGCCAAGACCAAAGAGCUCUCCAAGGAUGUCAGGGACAAGAUUGUAGACCUACACAAGGCUGGAAUGGGCUACAAGACCAUCGCCAAGCAGCUUGGUGAGAAGGUGACAACAGUUGGUGCGAUUAUUUGCAAAUGGAAGAAACACAAAAUAACUGUCAAUCUCCCUCGGCCUGGGGCUCCAUGCAAGAUCUCACCUCGUGGAGUUGCAAUGAUCAUGAGAACGGUGAGGAAUCAGCCCAGAACUACACGGGAGGAUCUUGUCAAUGAUCUCAAGGCAGCUGGGACCAUAGUCACCAAGAAAACAAUUGGUAACACACUACGCCGUGAAGGACUGAAAUCCUGCAGCGCCCGCAAGGUCUCCCUGCUCAAGAAAGCACAUAUACAGGGCCGUCUGAAGUGUGCCAACGAACAUCUGAAUGAUUCAGAGGAGAACUGGGUGAAAGUGUUGUGGUCAGAUGAGACCAAAAUCGAGCUCUUUGGCAUUAACUCUACUCGCCGUGUUUGGAGGAGGAGGAAAGCUGCCUAUGACCCCAAGAACACCAUCCCCACCGUCAAACAUGGAGGUGGAAACAUUAUGCUUUGGGGAUGUUUUUCUGCUAAGGGGACAGGACAACUUUACCGCAUCAAAGGGACGAUGGACGGGGCCAUGUAUCGUCAAAUCUUGGGUGAGAACCUCCUUCCCUCAGCCAGGGCAUUGAAAAUGGGUCGUGGAUGGGUAUUCCAGCAUGACAAUGAACCAAAACACACGGCCAAGGCAACAAAGGAGUGGCUCAAGAAGAAGCACAUUAAGGUCCUGGAGUGGCCUAGCCAGUCUCCAGACCUUAAUCCCAUUGAAAAUCUGUGGAGGGAGCUGAAGGUUCGAGUUGACAAACGUCAGCCUCGAAAUCUUAAUGACUUGGAGAAGCUCUGCAAAGAGAAGUGGGACAAAAUCCCUCCUGAGAUGUGUGCAAACCUAGUGGCCAACUACAAGAAACGUCUGACCUCUGUGAUUGCCAACAAGGGUUUUGCCACCAAGUACUAAGUCAUGUUUUACAGAGGGGUCAAAUACUUAUUUCCCUCAUUAAAAUGCAAAUCAAUUUCAUAACAUUUUUGACAUGCAUUUUUCUGGAUUUUUUUGUUGUUAUUCUGUCUCUCACUGUUCAAAUAAACCUACCAUUAAAAUUAUAGACUGAUAAUGUCUUUGUGAGUGGGCAAACGUACAAAAUCAGCAGGGGAUCAAAUACUUUUUUUCCCUCACUGUGAGAUAAACAGUAGAUGAUAGACACAGAGUAAAGACUGGAAUGCGCAGCGCAGAAAGAAUGCUAUUUUUGAUUGACAGGUUUUGAUUGACUAGAUAGAGCCUUAAAGUGUAAUGUUCAACAGUUUGGCAAUCAACUUUCAUCAUUCUGCAUCUCAGUAUCAUAUCAGGGAUACUAUUACAUUAUAUAUUAAAACUGUGUUAUCACAUAGUUUACUAGAAAUGAACAGUAAUGUUAUUGAUUGUAUUACAAUUAUACAAAUGACAGUCAUUUAGUGUUCCAAUAUGGGAGGUGUUGAAUACAGCAGCAGAUGUGUCUCAGUCUUAGUAUUUAUCUCUUUCUUUAAUCGUUGCGGAAGAAUGCUUCAUGUCACUGUGUGUCCUGGGGCUAGUUGAAUAAAAGUAGUUUAGACUGGUCUAUACUGGUCUAUGGUGCUAGAGUGGUCUAUAGUGGUCUAUAGUGCUAGACUGGUCUAUAGUGGUCUAUAGUGCUAGACUGGGCUUUGGCUAGAUGGUUAUAGUGGUCUAUAGUGCUAGAUGGUCUAAGGGUUAAGUGCUAGACUGGCUAUAGUGGUCAUGGCAGACUGGUCAAUUGGUCUAUAGUGCUAGUGGUCUAUAGUGCUAGAUGGCUAUAGUGGUCUAUGUGCUAGAUGGUCGUAGGGUCUAAAUGCUAGGAUGGCAUACUGGUCAUAGGCUAGAUGGUUUUGUGGGCUAAGUGCAGAGGUUAUAGUGGUCAUGUGCUAGACUGGGCUAUAGGGUUAUAGGCUAGUGGUCAUAGUGCUAGAUGGUCUAAGUGGUCACGUCUAGAGGGGCUGUAGGGUCUUAUGCUAGAUGGUCAAAUGGUUUAGUGCUAGAUGGUUUUGGUUUUUAUAGUGUGAUGGUUAUAGUGGUCUAUAGUGCUAGACUGGUCUGUAGUGGUCUAUCGUGCUAGACUGGUCUGUAGUGGUCUAUAGUGCUAGACUGGUCUGUAGUGGUCUAUCGUGCUAGACUGGUCUAUAGUGGUCUAUAGUGCUAGACUGGUCUGUAGUGGUACACUGGUCUUAUCUUCAGUUUGAACCCAGAAAGUUAAGCCUACCCCCAGGCCAAAUUUGCACUAGAUUGCCUGGAGCUUAAAUUUGUAUGCUGUGUGUGUUCAUAGUUGGUUUGUUCAUUUAUCUUCUGAAGGGAAAUGUGUCAAAUGUCAGGAGAGGUCCCGCCCCCUAUGUCAGGCACCUGUAGCUGCUUUCUGAAUGGUCACAUGUACAUAUUCGGGGGAUAUGAUGACAGCGGACAGACCAAUCAGGUGAGCUAGCUCGACAGAAACUGUAGUGCCCCUGAUCUACAUGUGCAAACAUUUUCUAGAAAAUCACCAAAAGCUUAUUCAUUAUUAUUAAGGCUUACAUUGUUUACGAGACAGUUCAGAUUGGUUCAAACAGUAGGUUCAGACACACAUUUAUUAUUUAUGCUGAAAAGAUGUGUGCUUGCAGCUUUGCUGUGUCAACCUCCUGGAUGGGGACUACAGUUGGAGGAGAGUGAAAGCUGAGAGUGGCUCCCCUCCUUCACCCAGAGAUAAGCUGUGCUGCUGGGUUUACAACAACAGGUCAGUAACAUAUAAUAUAAGAAUGCAACGCCAAUGCCCAUUGCAGUAUUGGCAUAAACAGGAAGAGAGUCAGGGUUCAAAUGACACAUGUAAGGGGACACUGUGAGAUUCUGGCAAUUAGCAAUUAGCCAAUGCUAACUGGCCUUAGUACAAUGACUGGAAGUCUACAGGUCCAGUUGCACUGGACUCUGGGUAGAAACAGUUUAAUUGACAGAAUCUUGCAGUAUCCCUUUAAAGGCUACUAUUGGGGGUGUUGUAAAAAUAGUGGCCUGGACCAACUAAAUAUUUAACACAAAUAAUGCGGGCGGUUCCCCAUGUUGAUUGUUUUGACUUUGGGAGAAUCUUGUAAUUUAUCCCAAUUGAGAAUCUUCCAUUCUGUAGGGUCACCUACUUUGAGAAUCUUCCAUUCUGUAGGGUCACCUACUUUGAGAAUCUUCCAUUCUGUAGGGUCACCUACUUUGAGAAUCUUCCAUUCUGUAGGGUCACCUACUUUGAGAAUCUUCCAUUCUGUAGGGUCACCUACUUUGAGAAUCUUCCAUUCUGUAGGGUCACCUACUUUGAGAAUCUUCCAUUCUGUAGGGUCACCUACUUUGAGAAUCUUCCAUUCUGUAGGGUCACCUACUUUGAGAAUCUUCCAUUCUGUAGGGUCACCUUCUUUGAGAAUCUUCCAUUCUGUAGGGUCACCUACUUUGAGAAUCUUCCAUUCUGUAGGGUCACCUACUUUGAGAAUCUUCCAUUCUGUAGGGUCACCUACUUUGAGAAUCUUCCAUUCUGUAGGGUCACCUUCUUUGAGAAUCUUCCAUUCUGUAGGGUCACCUACUUUGAGAAUCUUCCAUUCUGUAGGGUCACCUACUUUGAGAAUCUUCCAUUCUGUAGGGUCACCUACUUUGAGAAUCUUCCAUUCUGUAGGGUCACCUACUUUGGUGGAUAUGGUCACAAGACACUUGAUGACAUCAUGGAUGACAAAAGCUUCAUCAUGGACACGGCAUCAUUGGUACAUUUUCGCUUUUUUUUUUGUGAUUGUGUCCAAAUGUAUGAAUUACAACCACUAUUUUCACUUUGUUGUAUUGAUCAGUAAAAUAUUGUGUGUUCUGUAGGAGCAGAACGUUGGUUGGGGAUGGAACAAUGAAGUCCAUGUUUUUGACACAACACUAGCCAGCUGGAGAGAACCACAGAGCUCUGUAAGACAUAUACAUACUGUAAGACACAUACUGUAUGUUUACAUCACAACAUAACUUCACCAUGUGGAACAGAGUUAAGAACGUAGCGUAACCUUACUCCACAGAUAGCUUGAAAUGUCGCCGAUGGAGCUAUCCAAUCAGUACCUGUUGUAUAUAGCUCAAUCAGUUCCUACAUUGUCAAGCAGGUGGUCACAUGUGUUAGUGACAUAGAAGACCCUGGUUCAAGCCCAGUCAGAGGAGAGGUAGAGGGACCUGGUUCAAGCCCAGUCACUGGAGAGGUAGAGGACCAUGGUUCAAGCCCAGUCACUGGAGAGGUAGAGGACCCUGGUUCAAGCCCAGUCAGAGGAGAGGUAGAGGACCCUGGUUCAAGCCCAGUCAUAGACAAGUUGAGGGAGGCAGCGCUAUAUGCUAAGCUAGCACAGUGACACUGGUUAUACAUGCACCAAUUAGUUACCAAUGAGUUCUUUGCACACAAGCAGCCAAGCCACAUAGUUCUUUGUACCUGUACCGUAAGUACCUCUUUCUGACUACAGGGUCGUGCUCCUGCCCCCAGAGCUGCCCAUGCAGGUGCAACAAUUGGUCAUAAAGGGUAUGUCUAUGGGGGGAGAGUACUGGUGAGUACUCUGUUCAUCUGAACUCCUCCUCACCUUCUGUAUUGCAUUGCUGCAGAGACACAGAUUCCCUAAAACAUUGCUAAGAUGAAUGGGAUCACAUUGCUGACUGUUUAAUACUUGGCUCAAGUUUGUGGACCUGUUUUUGGAAUGGUGUUCAGUUCGUUGCCCUUCCUUUUAGGAAACCGCACCAAGUGACAUUCAUUGUCUAGAUCUGAAAUCAUGGACAUGGUCUGAAGUGUAGGUAUUUAUAUUUCACUCUUUCAUAUGCUCAUCUUUAAAAAAUGGUCUACUGUUAUCAUAAUAACAGCUUUGGUGUGUUUUUAAGACUUUUAACUGUUACCCUCCAAAUGUCUUCUCCAGAGUGGCAGCAUCCAAUGUGCCAGGUGGAAGGUCGUGGCACAGCCUCACUGCAGUAUCUGACAGCACUUUGUUUCUAUUCGGUGGACUGAGUGUUGACUGCAAACCAAUGAGUAAGUUAUUUACCCAAUGUAGUCCCAGUUGGACUAAAUCCUUACUCAGCUGUUACUCAACAGUUUGACCCUCCCAGAAUGCCUUGUGUUCCACGGAGCUAUUUCUUUCUCAUAAUAUCUAUUAUGUUUCUGUAGGUGAUAGAUGGGUUUUAGAUGUUGAGACAAAGACAUGGAGGGAGAUUGAACAUCCAAACAACAACAAACCAAGGUAGUACAGUAGCUGUCAGUUUAGCGUCUAGCUACUAAUCUGAUUAAACUGGUAUCACUGGUAAGACUCACUGAUAAAUAAAAGUUUCCAUCUAAUCUGAAGUCUGUAUGUGCAGAUCAUUCAGUGAAGAGAAAUUAGCCUAGAAUGUACAAUGAUUAUACUGAGUGCACUGAUUCUCUGUACUUUGAUGAAAUCCCCCAUUUCAUUGACUUCCCCCCCCUGCAGGUUGUGGCACACAGCAAGCCAAGCAAAGGACUCUGAUGUCAUUGUGUUUGGGGGUAGUUGUGACUACAUCCUCCAAGUAGGAACGUAUGAGAAUUUGACGGUAUGAUGAAAGCCUUCAGCCAAAUCAUUACAGUAACCCUGGUUUAUGAAGAAUCAUUGACACUACAACUAACUGUUCGUUUUCACAUUGUUUCAGGGCCACAGCAACGAUGCACUUGUUUUCCAGACCCAGCCUUAUCCCCUCUUU